GGUCCAAGAGCACGAUGGCGCAUGAAGAAGACCUCAAUGAUCUUGACUUCCAGGAGUUUGUACAAAAGUUUGGAAACAUCGUUGAGAAGGCUCCAAUAGUUGCGGCGACUGCCUGGUCCAAGAGGCCGUUCCACUCUAUUCGCGACGUUUAUAAAGCAGCCUGUGACUUUAUCGACGGACUUCCGAUCAAUGGAAAAGAAGGUCUGCUCCGCUGUUUUCCUGACCUGGCAGGAACUCUGACUCAACAAGGUCGGCUUGGCUCGGAAUCUACCGGAGAACAGCGUUCAGCGGGGAUGUUCGACUUAACACCGGAAGAGCAAAACAUCAUCUCCCAGCUCAACUCACGGUACAAGACAAAGUUUUGGGAUCCCUUUCGUGAUGUGUGCCCGUCUGAACAAGAAGGACUCAAUCAUAAAAGGGUUAAAGAAAAGGAUCAACAAUAUCAAGACGGCGGAGAUUGAAACUGGCAUAGAAGAGGCAAAAAAGAUCUGUUGGUUAAGGCUUGUUGACGUCGUUGAGCGCAAUCAACUGGUGGUUAGGUCUAAACUGUGAAAGCACUUGUUUAUUUGAGCUGUUGUGAAAUAUCAGUGAUAACACCAAUGCUUCCGCGACAGAGGUAGUGCGCGAAAGGGUCUCGAGGAUCUGGGUUUGAGUUCAAAUUUCUAAUACUUUGCUGCGAAAUGGCAUUUAGUACUGUCAAGGCUGAAAAAUUGAUGUGUUUUAGGUGAAAAGUGGUUUUGGGCCCGAGCCUGAGUUUUUUGUAUGCCUACGCGUUGAAAGUGAUUCGCCCCGUUGACCCAGAUUCACCGUCCAUGCAAUCAAUGACAAAUACUAUAAAUUUCAGAGUGGUAAACGAUGGUGAUUUCAAAUUUG